AUGGCCGCCGGAGAAGCCGAGAACCCGCGACGCCUCAUGGGCAAAGCCUUCUCAUCCUUUGUAUGGCGCCUGAUGUUCUUCUUCAUUGGGGGUGCGCUGUGCGUCGGAAUCGUCAUCCCCUACGAUGACCAAAUGCUGGCCGAUAUGAUCUCCGGCGAGAGAGAGGGAAGCGGAACUGGUGCUGCAUCCCCAUACGUAAUCUCAAUGGUCAAAUUCGGCAUAAAAGGCGUCCCCGACCUCGUCAACGCCCUCAUCAUAACCUCCGUCCUCUCCGCCGGCAACAACGUCAUUUUCUCCGCAGCACGAACCCUCCACGGCAUGGCCCUCGACGGCAAAGCGCCCUCCCUCUUCGCAAAGUGCAACAAGUACGGCCUGCCCUACUACGCCGUGAUCACCGCGCUAACUUUCUCCUUCCUCUCCCUCCUGCAAAUUGGAAGCACCUCAGCAACAGUCCUAAAUUGGUUUGUGGGCAUCUGCACAGCCUCCUACCUCCUCAAUUACUUCGGGGCCGUAGUAACAUACCUCCACUUCUACUACACGAUGCAGAAGCAAGGGAUGUCCCGCGAUACCUUACCGUACAAGGGUUCCUUCCAGCCCUUUGCGGCGUGGUAUGCGCUUGUGGGCACGUUUGCCAUGACGCUUGUGCUGGGGUAUACGGUGUUCAUUGAGGGCGGGUGGGACACGACGACGUUCUUCACGAGUUAUACCAUGGUUGGGGUUUUUGUUGUGGCGUUGGUGGGAUGGAAGGUUCUUAGACGGACGAGACGGCCAGCUUCGCCGCGUCUCAGAACGAAGCUCGAUCAUGGACACAAGCUCACUCCUUCGCUAUUCAACCGGCCUUUACUAGAAGAGCUGAAUGUGACCCUGCACGGCCUCGAGCAGCGCAACAGCGCUCCGACCACCGUGCUCCACAACAUUGACGACCGUUCAGCUCGUACCAACAGGCUCGAAACCCCUAACUUGGUGAAGGAGAUGGUAGCAAGUGCACCGAUGCUCAAGGCUCUGCAUCUUGAACCGAACAAGUUCUUCUACGCUUGUCUUGGAACGCAACCCGAGGGCCCGGAUGUUCUCGAGGGCUUUCAGAGCACAGACGUCCGAACACCUUAA